AGUUCAGUUUGAUUGAAGUAUUAAGCUAAAUAACAUCGUAUCAUGCCUCAGGCCAGCCUAAAGUUAAGUCCUCACGACCAGCAGGUGCUGGAUUCCAUUUUCGAUCCCCUGGAACUCGGCAGUAGUCAAUCUUUUGACUCCGUGCCCGCUGAAUCCGAUCUUACGGAUGUGGAACCAGACACCGAAGCUAUCAGAGCAUCGAGGGAACUGGAACUAAGGGCUAUUGCCUUAUCCGAAAAAGGGGAGCUGGAUGAAGCUCUUGAGGUAUUCCGGCAAUCACUUAAUCUGGCCCAAAGGGCUUCUGUGCUAAAUAAUCGAGCACAAACUCUGCGUCUGGCAAAACGCGAUGAGGAGGCCCUCGAUGACUUGAACAGAGCCCUGGAACUGGCAAAUGAUCAGCAGACCCGUACCAAGUGCCAUUCCCACUGUCAGCGAGGUGUCUUAUAUAGAAAACUGGAUAAUCUGGAUGCGGCACGUGCAGAUUUCGGGGCAGCAGCCGAGCUAGGCAGUAAAUUCGCCAGGGAACAGCUUGUGGAAAUCAAUCCCUUUGCAGCUCUCUGCAAUCAAAUGCUCCGUCAGGCCUUCGAUCAGUUAAAGUGAUGUGUGUGUACCAACAGUUUGUUAAAAUAUUUGCAUACUUAAUUAAAUGACAUUAUUUAAAUUAAAUUAAUAAUAAAAAUGGGUUGAAUUGAAUCAAUUUAUUGUAAAAUUAUAA